GGGGUGGGGUGUGUUUUGGGGGAGCCAGAGCACCCCUCACUCGCGGCGAGGCACAGAAUGACAGCUGAGCAGAGGCAGAAUCUGCAAGCUUUCGGAGACUAUGUCAGGAAGAUUCUGGACCCCACCUACAUCCUCAGCUACAUGAAUCCCUGGCUCCGGGAUGAUGAGAUGCAGUGCAUUCAGGCUGAGAAGAGCAACAAGGGCCCAAUGGAAGCUGCCUCACUGUUCCUCCAGUACCUGCUGCAGCUGCAGACAGAAGGCUGGUUCCAGGGCUUUCUGGAUGCCCUGUACCACGCAGGUUACUGUGGACUUUAUGAGGCCAUCAAAACUUGGGAUUUUCAAAAAAUUGAAAAGUUGGAGGAACACAGAUUACUUUUAAGACGGUUACAGCCAGAAUUUAAGGCCCGAAUUAACCCAACAGAUAUCCUUCCUGAAAUAUCUGAAUGUUUAAUUAAUCAGGAAUGUGAAGAAAUCAGACAGAUCUGCUUCACUAAAGGCAUGAUGGCAGGCGCGGAGAAGAUGGUCGAAUGCCUUCUCAGGUCUGACAAGGAGAACUGGCCCAAGGCUUUGAGGCUUGCUUUGGAGAAAGAAGACAACAGGUUCAGUGAACUGUGGAUUGUUGAUAAAGGUUUCAAAAGGGUUGAAAGUAAGGCUGUUGAAGACGAUGGAACAGAGAUGUCCAGCAUACAGAUUUUCAUCCAGGAAGAGCCAGAAAGUCAGGAUCUCAGUCAGAAUCCCUGUCCUCCUUCAGAAGCCUCUUCUCAUUAUUUGCACGGCCCAUUGAAGCCAAGAAACUACCAACUGGAGCUCGCCCUGCCUGCUGAGAAAGGGAAAAACACAAUAAUUUGUGCUCCUACUGGUUGUGGGAAAACUUUUGUCUCGCUUCUGAUAUGUGAACAUCAUCUUAAAAAGUUCCCACCUGGACAAAGGGGGAAAGUGGUCUUUUUUGCUAACCAAAUUCCUGUGUACGAACAGCAGGCGACUGUGUUCUCACGAUAUUUUGAAAGACUUGGGUACAGCAUUGCGGGCAUUUCUGGGUCAACAACUGAAAAUGUCUCAAUGGAGCUCAUUAUUGAAAACAAUGACAUCAUCAUCCUGACGCCCCAGAUCCUUGUGAACAAUCUCAACGACGGGACCAUCUCCUCGCUGUCUGUCUUCACUCUGAUGAUAUUUGAUGAGUGUCACAACACCAGCAAACAGCACCCGUACAACCAGAUAAUGUUCAGAUACCUAGAUCAGAAAUUUGGAGGGUCGUCAGACCCAUUGCCUCAGGUCAUUGGGCUGACUGCCUCCGUGGGUGUGGGAGACGCCAAGACCGUAGACGAAGCCGUGUUACAUAUCUGCAAACUCUGCGCUGCCCUUGAUGCGUCAGUCAUCUCCACAGUCAGAGACAACGUGGAAGAACUGGAACAGGUUGUUUAUAAGCCCCAGAAAAUUUCCAGGAAAGUGGAGUCACGGACUACGAACACAUUUAAAUCCAUCAUAUCUCAGCUGAUGAAGGAGACAGAAAAGCUGGCAAAGAAUGUUUCUCAGGAGCUUGGGAGGUUUUUUCAAAUUCAAAAUAGAGAGUUUGGCACCCAGAAGUAUGAACAGUGGAUUGUCGCAGUCCACAAAGCGUGCACGGUGUUUCAGAUGAGUGACAAAGAAGAGGAGAGUAGGAUCUGCACGGCGCUCUUUCUGUACACAUCACAUUUGCGGAAAUACAACGAUGCUCUCAUCAUCAGUGAGGAUGCACAGAUGAAAGAUGCCCUAAAUUACCUCAAAGCCUUCUUCCGCGAUGUCCGAGAAGCAGCAUUUGAUGAGACUGAGCAAGAGCUCACGCAGAGGUUUGAAGAAAAGCUGGAAGAAUUAGAGAUGGUUUCCACGGAUCCUAGCAAUGAGAACCCGAAACUCAGAGACCUCUACUUGAUUUUACAAGAGGAGUACCACUUAAAGCCGGACACCAAGACCAUCCUCUUCGUGAAAACCAGAGCACUUGUGGAUGCUUUAAAGAAAUGGAUUGAAGAAAAUCCUGCACUUAGCUUUCUAAAGCCUGGCAUAUUGACUGGACGUGGCAAAACAAACCAGGGAACGGGCAUGACACUGCCAGCGCAGAAACAUGCCCUGGAGGCAUUCAGAGCCAACGCAGAUAACAACAUCCUGAUUGCUACCUCGGUUGCCGAUGAAGGCAUUGAUAUUGCUCAGUGCAAUCUUGUCGUCCUGUACGAGUAUGUGGGCAACGUCAUCAAAAUGAUCCAAACCAGAGGCAGAGGAAGAGCAAGAGAUAGCAAGUGCUUCCUCCUGACCAGCAACGCCGAUGUGAUUGAAAAAGAAAAGGUGAACAUGUUCAAGGAAAAAAUAAUGAAUGAAUCCAUUUUAAGACUUCAGACAUGGGAUGAAAUGACAUUUGAAAAAACAGUUCGCCACAUACAGUUGGAUGAAAAAUUCCUCCGAGAUAGUCAGCGCAAACCACAACCUGUCCCUGAUACAGAAAACAAGAAACUGCUGUGUGGGAAAUGCAAGGCUUUCGUGUGCUGCACAGCUGACAUCCGAAUGGUGGAGAAAUCGCACUACACUGUGCUUGGAAAUGCCUUUAAGGAGCACUUUGUGUGCAAGCCACACCCCAAACCGACGACCUAUGAUUGUUUUGAGAAGAAAGCGAAAAUAUUCUGUGCGAGACAGAACUGCAGCCACGACUGGGGAAUCCACGUGAGGUACAAGACGUUUGAGAUUCCAGUCAUAAAAAUCGCAAGCUUUGUUGUGGAAGAUAUUACAAGUGGAGUUCAGGUCCGGUACACCAAGUGGAAGGAAUUCCCUUUUCAAAGAAUACAGUUCGACCCUGCAGAAAUGUCCAAUUGACCCUGGGCUCCUCAGUCUUGCACUGCAGGGAGUGAGGAGCUGGGUGUGGGAGCAGUGAGCUGGUCCUUCCUUUCACAGGCUGGCACUAUGCUGAAUGCCAGGUGACCUGGCCUGUUUGCUCUAAGCGCUUUCUGUCCACACGAAGCGCACACACAUCCACUGCAGCGCUGUACACUCUGUCCACCAAUAACUCAUAGCACCUGG